CAAAUUAGUUCUUUUUAAAAUGAGAGGGGAAAUAUUACUUCUGGUAUACCGCAUUUCUAUAUAUAGCUAAGCUAACAGAAGAAAAAACAGAAUUUCAAAGUGAAUUCCCAAAACUACCCUUUUCUCUUCCUCAAAUUCUCGUCUCGCAACAGCAUUCCCCACUCUCUUUUCCUUCACACAGAGAACUUCGCUUUCUCUCUCUCUCUCUCUCCUCACACGAUGGAGAAAGCAGAGUCCUCCACCGCCUCAACCUCCGACCAAGAUUCCGACGAAAAACACCGCACAAACCACCACCUAACACUCCCCUCCGAUCUAACUCAAAACGAGUUCGACUCACUCAUCCCUUUCAUCACCGAACACCACACCUACCUCAUAGGUCCCGGCCAAUGCUCCACUCUACUCACUCAACGCAUCCACGCGCCACCGGAAACCGUCUGGUCCGUCGUCAGAAGCUUCGACAAACCACAAAUCUACAAACACUUCAUCAAAAGCUGCUCCGUCAAAGACGGUUUUCAAAUGAAAGUCGGUUGCACUAGAGAAGUCAAUGUAAUCUCCGGUCUCCCGGCGGCAACUAGCACCGAGAGACUCGACGUUCUUGAUGAUAACCUCCGCGUUACUGGAUUCAGUAUAAUCGGCGGUGAACACCGGUUAACUAACUACCGUUCCGUUACUUCCGUUCACGGUUUUGAUAACGGUGAGAUCUGGACCGUUGUUUUGGAAUCUUAUAUUGUUGAUGUUCCUGAAGGUAAUACAGAAGAGGACACGCGUCUUUUUGCUGAUACCGUUGUGAAGCUUAAUCUUCAGAAGCUUGCGUCUGUUACAGAAGGAAAGAACCGUGACGGUGACGGUAAGUCACACUAGUAGGGUCCACUGAACUGCAACUUGAAAAAACUUGUUGAAAGUUGAAACUAUUGUUCCUUCAUGGAUACAUAAAAAAAGGAGAAGAAAAAAAAAACUGAAAAUGGAGUAUUUUUUUUGUUUUAUUUUGGAAUAUUCAUUUUGUGUGACUUUUUUUUUUUAAGAUGAUUUUGUGCAACAUGUUCAAGUGGAUGAAUGAAUGAAUGAAUAUGCAUGUUGAGUUGAACUUGAAAAUUGUUAAUUGCGCAAUGUGUGUAAGGGCAUUUAUGUCAAUGAAGUUGUACAGAAAAUGUUGACUUGUUGAUGUGAAUAUGUGAUCAUUGUUAAUAUCAUUUACUUUUUGUUUAGAUUUUA